UCGUUUGUCACUUUGUGAACAAUUGCCAUGUAGCUUGCAAGAAACUUUUUACUUACUAGUAUCGCAGCAAAUCAAGCAGGGAGUGUCUGAAUCUGAAGUAACAACUUGAAUUAUAGUGAGUAUUUGCUAGUGGUUGAAGACAUGGCGGAAGCGAAGGAGACAGAAGAGUCAACGAAAGGCUCGAUUCCAGAGGUGGAGGAAGAUUUGGUGCUUAUGGAAACCACGCCAUCCCGAAAGAAGCGGAAACAUGAUGCAGCAGGCUCAGAUGGAGAUGCUGCCACUAGAGACACGUCGAAGCGCCUGAGUGGCGAUACGUUUCUGGGUCAGAACGAGAUACGCAAAGUGCCCGUGCCACCCCACCGUUACACCCCUCUCAAGGACAGCUGGAUGAAGAUCUUCACACCAGUGGUGGAUCAUCUGCAUCUGCAGAUUCGAUUUAACCUGAACACAAGGAACGUGGAGCUCAGGAGUUCAGCGAAAACGAAAGACAUCGGUGCUAUUCAGAAAGGAGCAGAUUUCGUCCGCGCAUUCAUGCUUGGCUUUGACGUUGAAGAUGCGCUGGCUCUGGUUCGGUUAGACGACCUGUUCUUGGACUCGUUCGACAUUGAGGAUGUCAAGCCACUGAAAGGCGAUCACUUGUCACGUGCCAUUGGACGUAUUGCCGGCAAGGGAGGCAAGACCAAGUUCACCAUCGAGAAUGUCACCAAGACGAGAAUCACACUGGCUGACAGUAAAAUACAUAUUCUGGGAUCGUAUCAAAACAUCCAGAUGGCACGUAGAUCCGUUUGUAAUCUAAUCAUGGGGAGCGCACCAAGCAAGGUGUACGGCAGCAUGCGUGCCAUGGCCAGCCGCUCGGCGGAACGAUUCUAACCUGCCUACUGUUCCUCCCCCCCCCCCCCCCUCUAGUGUUGGAAUACAGUGUUAUGGUUGGCUGUGUGGAACAUGUACACUCUGUAGAAGCAUGGCACCACACGAUUGACCUCCCGCUCCCCUCUUCCUCCUGUACAUAGCCCCUCUGUACAUAGUCACACCUCAUAUGUACAUAUGACCCAUAGCUGGCAUAAGCGAUUAGCUAAUAUAAUUAUUUUUUCAUAAUGUAGUGCAGUGUUGUAUGCGUGUUGCUGGCGGCUGGAGCCAGUGCUGCCUUCCUCAGAUGGUGUGACUGAAUGGAAGAAAAGUCUGCUAGGGUAGUUGAACCAAUUGGCCAAUUCCCCAAUACCAGCAAAUCUACAAUUGUUAUGAUUGUACACGAGCGUACUUCCCAUCUGUGUAUUGUUGGUGAUUGCUGACUGUCAGAGUGUCUUCUACUGUAUAUGCAGUGCUGUACAUCAACUUGAUUUUCAUAGCAGACUCAGCUUGAUUUGUCGUAUUUUUUGGGAGCCGGUCUUGUUACCGCCGGUCUGAAAUAAGCACCACCUCGUUUCA